AUGACAGAGGCGCGUAAGGGUCUAGUUGCAAUCACAGGCGCCAACGGAACCAUAGGAUACGCGUGUGUAGUCUACGCCCUCAAUAUUGGAUAUCGAGUAAGAUGCAUUGUCCGCCGCGAGAACGCAGUAGCGACUAUUGAGUCAGCACCUUCGGUACAACCCUACCUCGACCGUCUUGAGUUCGCGAUCGUGCCGGACAACGCAAUCGAAGGCGCUUACGAUGAAGCGUUUGCAGAUGUCGAUUACGUUGUACAUAUUGCUGGAGUCUGGCCUCUGCCGACGUUGCAUCCUGACAACGAGAUUUACCGCCCAUUCCUGCACUCCAUGAACAACGUCCUCUCAUCCGCCAAAUUAUCCGGGACAGUCAGAAGGAUUGUUUUCACGCAGGCUGGCGCAGGUCUCGUCGACUCAGAAGUUGGCGACACGUACGGCCGUGGUAUGACCCAGAUUCUGAACGAACAUGUCAGAGUCAAUGCCGCCUCGCUCACCUAUCAGCCUCCAUUAUCGUCCGCCCACCAGGCGUACUGCGCUUCAAAAGCUCAAUGCAUGGACUACCUUGACAACCUACGUCGCAGCCGUGCAAUGCCGUUCUCCAUCGUGCAGGUCAUUCCUGGGACCGUAAUCGGAACGUCCGAGUUUGUGAAGACGGCGGAGGAGGCACGAAUGCAUAUGGAUCGGCAGACGAGAGCGCUACUCUUUGAUGAUAACACGCCAAGGUAUGCGUUUGGAUUCGUGCAUGUGCAAGAUUGUGCAAGGGUGCAUGUCGAGGCGCUUGAUGAGGAGAAGGUCAAAGACGCGGACAUACCGCCUAGAUUUGUCGCAGCCGCGACUACAGAGGAAGGUUUAGAUGGAGAGCGGGUCUGGAGCAAGGCAGUGAGGAUGAUUGAAAGCGAAUUUGCGUCUGAGAUCGAAAGCGAUGUAUUUGCUUUGGGACGCGAACGAACGCCGACCAACAUGCCAUAUCGGGUGGAUUCAAGAACAACAGAAAAGAUGCUGUUGGGUGGGGAGGUUAUCAAGGGCUUAGAAGAGUCUGUCAAGGAAGUCGCUAGAUGGUAUGCUCGAUUCGUGGAAAGAUCUUAA